CUUCUUUUUAUCUUUCUUCUCCCCGGAUUUGUUUCCACUCUCUCCACGAUCUUUACUUCAUUUGUUAGACGGCACGAUGAGCACCCUUGCGCUGCCUUCGAGCAGCUUACCGCCUUUAUUUACACUCUCUAAAAUCGCCGAGACAGAUAUAUUCAACGCUCUGCACUACUUGGCUGCUAUUUACUGUCCUUUAUCAUUUCCUUUUUCGAAGGAGUUGUGUGAUUCGAAGCAUAAGUUUGCAGAAGUGGAUUCAGGAUAUACAUCUGGAAACGAAGAUGACGAGGCUGAACUGACCCCUGCGACCAUUCGCGCAGAUGUUCACGAGAAAUCUUUUGCCGAGCGCUGGUUGACAGGACUUAUCUCACGCGUUGAAAGUCUAGAGAUAUUUUCAUCGGAGGAAGCGAGCCAGCGGGCGCUGGAUCAGGCGGCGUAUAUUUUUGAGUCACUGUUUGCUAGUGCCUUGGAUGAAGAUGAUCAGAACUCUCCGUUUUUGAGGGAGUUUUCGUUUGAGACGAACAUUCCUGGGAGGGUUAAUGGGAGGAUUUCGGUUCAACUGAAUGACGGACUUGCGGGGACGAAUGAUACAGACUUUGAAGAUGUUGGACUCCAAAGUUGGGGCGCUUCGAUCGUCUUUUCGGAUCUCAUGUGUACAGACCCUGAAGGAUUCGGUCUGACAAAACUUGAUCCUACGAAACACACUCGCAUUAUUGAGCUUGGUGCAGGCACCGGGCUUGUAAGUCUCGUUCUCGGAAAACUCAUCCCCGCUCUGGGCAUCAACGACUCCAAGAUCAUCGCAACAGAUUAUCACCCAGCCGUUCUCUCAAACCUCCAAUCCAACAUCUCAAUCAACUACCCCAACACCCCCUCUUCCGUCCAAGCAUCUCCCCUCGACUGGGCAGAUUUCUCAAACUCCGCCCCCUUCGACAUCCCAGCAAGCAUGCUCUUCGCCACAGAUGUGGUAUACGCUCCCGAGCACGCACGCUGGUUACGAGACUGCGCAACACGACUUCUUUCGGAUGAUGGUGUUUUCUGGUUGCUGGUUACAAUACGACCUAAUGGGAAGUUUGCUGGUAUUGGAGAUACUGUUGAAGAUGCUUUUGCAGAGAGGGAUAGACCGCGUGGGAAGAAUGGGAGGAGGUUGGAUAUUUUAGAGAGGCAGAAGUUGGACAAGAGGAGUGGUGUUGGGAGGGGGGAUGAGAGUCAUUAUGAGCUUUUUAGAAUUGGUUGGGCGUAGACAUUAGGGUUAAAGGAUUUCUUUUCAGCGAUAUUCCAGAGAGGAAGAUAGACUUCAUAUAGAUUUAGAUAUACAGGCAUGAUAGACAUGACAACAGACUAGACGUCAAGACUAAG